CACUCUCCUUUCUAUAUGCUACCUUACAUUACAUUACAAUUCUCCUAACCCCUCUCUCUUUCUCUCUUAACUUUUAAGGUUAAGGUUCAUUUCAACUUAUUCUCUCUCUUAAUCCAAAUCAAAAUGGAACCUGCCCAUGAUCAUCAUCAACAUAAUCAUCAUCAACAUGAUCAUCAUCAGCAUGAUCAUCAUCAACAUGAUCAUCAACAGCAACAGCAACAACAACUCUCUUUAGCCUCUAAGGAACUCAGCAAUAUCAUCAAAGGGAAAAGAACCAAAAGGGUUAGGCCCCAAUCUCCUAUUCCUUUUUCCAUCACUGCUAAUUCUUCAACUGGAGAAGGAGGUGGAGUAACAGGUGAAAGAGAAGAUUGUUACAACAAUGGUGAUGAUGUUGUCAACAACAACAAUAUCAAUGUCAUCCAUAACAACAACAAUACCUCUCCGACAACAUCUUAUGUUGAAGAGAAACAGGACAGUGUUAUGGAUGACGAGGAACAUGAUAUGGCAAACUGUUUGAUUCUAUUGGCACAGGGACAAUCUAAGGAAUCACCGAAAACUACUGAUGAAUUAGACGGUGGAAUGAUGAACUAUGCGAAAUACAGCAGUAGAAAGUUCAUGGAAGCUGCUAGUUUGGAUUCUGGAAGAGCUGGUUUCUAUGUCUAUGAAUGCAAAACAUGUAACAGAACUUUCCCUUCUUUUCAAGCACUUGGUGGCCAUAGAGCGAGUCACAAAAAGCCGAAAGCAUUGGCAAUUGCUCAAGAGAGGAAACAGUUUUUCGAUGAUGAUCAAGAGUUUCAAUUCAAACCGAAUCAUAAACCAAUUUCCCUUCAAUUGAAUAACAAUGGUAAGGGAAAUCUAUACGGUGGAAACAACAAUGGCAAUAGCAGCAACAACAACAAGUCUAAGGUUCAUGAGUGUUCCAUUUGUGGUUCUGAAUUCACAUCUGGACAAGCACUUGGUGGGCACAUGAGGCGCCACCGCGCGCCCGUGGGGACAUCAACUGCCAACACCACACUGUCAUUGACACCAAUGGCUUUAGAGCCUGAUGAAGAUCAUCAACCUAGAAAGAAAAGGAAUGUUCUGUCUUUGGAUUUGGAUCUCAAUCUUCCUGCACCUGAAGAUGAUCAGAAAGAAUCAAAGUUUGCCUUUGCUUCCAAGCAACAUCAACAACAACAACAACAUGGACAAAAACAACAGCAACAACAGCAGCAGCAGCAACAGCAACAACAGCAGCAACAGCAACAAACAAAUCUUGUCUUCUCCGCACCAGCUUUGGUAGAUUGUCAUUACUAAGGCAAGUGAUAAGGUUUCGGUUUUGGAUUCAACAAGAUGAUCAUCAGAUAUCUAUAUCAGUAUAUCUGUUGAUCAUCGAUAUAUAAAUCUAGAAAUAUAUUUGAUGUAUGAUCUUAUAUUCUUUUGAUUCUCAUUCAACUUGAACAAGCACCUGAUAAUUUUUAUAAAUUCAGUUGUUUAUUGAAGAAUUUUUAUAGUUUGUUCUCUUAAAAAAGACCUCAACAACAAGUCAUGUAUAGAUCAUGUUGGGUAAUUUUUUCAUCUUUUUUAUUUUCAUUAUUUUUAUUAUGCUAAUUUUUUUUUUUUCUGUGCCAAAGAAUGUGAUGAUGUAUUAUGAAUACAGAGAGAAAGAGAGGCAUAAGGGGUUAUUUAUUGGUACUAUGUUAAAAAUGUUUGUUUAAGUUACAUUGUUUUGUUUACAAGAAAGGUUCUCUAAAUGUUCUGUCUCUCUGUCUGUCUCUCUCUCUUACAGUGUGUUUAUUAUGUGUGUGUCCCCUCAUAUUGGUUAUGGAGAUGGAAUAAAAAGUGUGGAAAGCCAGUAAGUAACUGCUAUUCCCACAUGAAUCCUCAUGCUGUCCUUUUUCUCCUUUAUCAAUAUGUUGACAUUAAAAAAAUACUAAGGUUGAAACAUGUA